AUGCUUGCUGCUGUUGUCUUGGAUUUAGAUAGCGCUCAAAUAGGGAGAGACGGAAAAGUUGCAGCAGGAGGUUCAUCCAAGCUAGUUGUCCCCCCAGAAGAGCAGCAGCAGCAGCAGCAGCUCCGUGUUCUGCUGCAGCAGAACAAUCAUCAUCAGCAGCAGCAGCAGCAGCAGCAUCUCCCUCUGCUGCCUCCUCCGCAGCAACAGCAGCAACAGCAGCAACAGCAGCAGCAGCAGCAGCAUCUCCCUCUGCUGCCUCCUCCUCCUCCUCCUCCUCCUCCGCAGCAGCAGCAGCAGCAGCACCAGCAGCAGCAGCAGCAGCAGCAGCAGCAGCAGCAGCAGCAGCAGCAGAUACAGAAGAAAUGA